GGGAUGCUGGUCGCGCGCGCCGCGCCGUGUGCCGGAUCAUGAGCGCGCACUCGCGCCUCGUCGCUGCUGCUGGACUCUCCGCGGCUUCGGGACCACGCGCAUCACGGCCGGACACCGCUGGACACUCCAGGCGCGCGCAGGAACACGAAAGCCAAUUAGCUGGCAUUAGGAUGGUGGCGGAGAAAGGGUGCAGAGCGUGGGCGCCAGCGUCACGAAGGGGUACCUAACAGCACAAGCACAGGCGUUGUGAGAUUGUCGUGCCUCAUCAGACACCAUUAUUUAUCCUUCCCCCUCAUUUCCUGCACCGCUGGGGUCCAGGUGACAUGGACAGUGGCUAAUGACCUCUCCAGCAAGAUGGAGACACCAAUUACAAUCCCAGGGUUAGGACUCAGUGUCCUGCAAGCUUCAGACUCUUGGGGCAAUACAUCGGUUCUCCCUGCCAACCCAGCCUUUCCCUUUUCCUCUCAACUCCCAAAUGAUGUGCUCCUCCACAAUGGAUCCCUGCAGAACUGGACAGACAGUGAUAGCAUGGGUUUUGUGCCUAGUGUUGCAGGAAUCCUCAUUCCUCUUAUCUACAUAAUUGUCUGUGUGAUUGGUUUAGGGGGCAACACCUUGGUCAUCCACAUCGUCCUGCGCUACUCUCAGACCCAGUCUGUCACCAACAUUUACAUUUUGAACCUAGCCAUAGCUGAUGAGCUCUUCAUGCUGGGUCUUCCCUUUCUGGCAGUCCAGAAUGCCCUUCUGUCUUGGCCGUUCGGCUCAUUAAUGUGUCGUCUGGUCAUGACUGUAGACGCCAUCAACCAGUUCACCAGCAUCUUUUGCCUGACCGUGAUGAGCAUUGACCGCUACUUGGCUGUAGUGCAUCCUAUCCGGUCUUCAAGAUGGCGGCGGCCCCGAGUGGCCAAAGCAGUGAAUGCCACAGUAUGGGCUGUUUCCUUUGUGGUCGUCCUGCCUGUGGUGGUGUUUGCCGACGUGUUGCAGGACGACGGCAACUGCAGCAUUGUGUGGCCUGAGCCUGCAGAAGUUUGGAAAGCUGCAUUCAUCGUUUACACCGCAACAGUAGGCUUCUUUGGCCCCCUGCUGGUCAUCUGCAUGUGCUACCUUCUCAUUGUGGUCAAGGUGCGCAACUCCGGACGCAGAGUGCGUGCCACGUCCAUCCGGCGACGGAAGUCUGAACGGAAGAUCACACGAAUGGUGGUGAUUGUAGUGGCCGUGUUUGUGUUCUGCUGGCUGCCGUUCUACGUAUUAAACAUCGUCAACUUGCUAGUGCUGCUCCCUGGUGAGUUCCGUGGCCUGUAUUACUUUGUGGUGGUUCUGUCAUAUGCUAACAGCUGCGCCAAUCCCAUCCUGUACGGCUUCCUCUCUGACAACUUUAAGCGAGGCUUCCGGAAAGCUCUAUGCCGCUCAACUAGGCGAGUGGAAAAUCAGGAUCUGCAACUGGGAACCAUGGGAAACCACACCCUGCCGCUUGAAGAAGUAAAGAAAGACCUAGAACCCAGAGAGUGCCUGAGGGAAACUUGCACAGAGGUGCAGCCAGAAAGAGAGGAAGACAAUGAAGAAGAGGAGGAAGCAGACAUGGGUUACAUGGAGAAUGCCACUCAGAUGAUGGAAAUCUGCAGGUCGGUGCAGAAUGGCUGCAGGAAUGGACACAUGGAGGGCGCUAGGACCCGGUUCUCACAAACAGCUGAGGCCAAAGCAGCAGGCCCUGUUAAUGGAGCCAGGACUGGGGGGAAUGGAGGCUAUAUUAGUCCAACCCUUGGACCUGUUGCUUCUCUUAGUGGAGCUCAAAAAGGAAAUGUCAAACGGCUGUCAGAUGAGGCAGCAGACACCGUCCUGGAAAUCAGCUACUUAUAAGAAAAUGUAUUAAAAUAUAACUGGCUGUUUUAUGCCUCAUUUUCUUCAGAUUCCAGCAUAAGUCAAAUGCUAAAUCCUGCCAAAUUGGGGAGUUUUUUUUAGAAAUCAUCAGAAAGUGUCUUGUGUCUUUAAAUGUCAAUUUGAAUGUUCUCAGUGUUGUGCGUGCUUCACAAAUAGUAAUAUAUAAACACAUAUUCUUUCUGAAUUCUGGAGGAACAAUUAGAGCAGAAUUCAUUUCUGCAGUGAUGAGCUUGAGAAGAAAGAGUGGUGAUGCUGAAUCAUAUUGCUUAGAAAAUGAUUCUUCAGACCAGAUUGUGCAUAAUUUUAUGGCUGGAGCUGGGAAGCUCUAAACACUGAAUGGAAAGCUGAUAAAGAACAUUUGUAAAUGCACCUGUGUUUCAUAUUACUGUGAUUCACAUAGAUUUGGAGGCAAAAUGUUCUGUUCUGUUCUUUCAUGUUAGGUUGUGUUAUUGUGUAGCACAGUGUGUAAUGAGGAGCAUUCGAAUUAUAUAUUAAUGUUUUAACAUUAAAGCUGCCCAACAGAGUUUUUGCUGAAUAGCUGAUGCUAGUGAGAAAUUUACCCAUCCAAGCUCCACCCACAGUAAGUUCUUUCACAGGUACUAUUGCGAGGUUACCAAGUUUUACAGAACUGUGGUCAAAUUUCAUUUAAUGAGAAAUUCAACUCACACUUGAAUUUGAGGUUAGUGUGCUAUUAAUAUUUUAUUAGUGUAAAAAGUCACAAUGGUUUGGUAGUUUGGAUGUAGUUUGUUGGUGAUCAAGCCAAUGUCAGCCUUAGUCUUGUGAGGGCAGAUGUGAUGUCAUAACACAAAAACACAUCUGGGGCAACUUAAACUUUUGUUGCUGGACUGUGGUGAAAUUUGCUGCUAAAUAAGGGCAUACCCCCUCUAAAACUCAAAAUGCCUCUUUUAAUGUCCACAGUACAAUCAAUAACACAAGCUAAACAAGCUAGUAGAGAUGUACCAAAAUUUUGGCUACCAGAGAUUGUGGGUGACAGAGAAAAAUUAACAUAUGACACUUAACAAAGAAUUUGAAUGCUAAUAAAAAAAUUAGACACAGUGAUUAAGCACAGUGCUGUUUCGUCUGUUUGUUGACAUGUUCAGGCCUGUUCAAACAGCUUGAGCAGCAGCAGAUCCACAGUGAAACACACACAGUCCACUGCAGCUUAGACCUUAGACUUCUAGACAGUCUUUAGCUUACAUGCUGUAACUGGUUUAAUGAAAUUCCUUAAGGGAAAUCAUAUAAAUAAUAUUUUUAAAAGUUGCUGCUGUAAAUGUGUGUUUGUUAGAUGCUGUUUUUAGGUUUAUGGCUAUUUCCUCUCUUUAAAUUACAAGCAUUGAGGGUCUGCUGGAGGAACCUCAAGCUGCUAGACGGCAGUCUCGCCCAAUGCUUUACCCAGUAAAAUGAUGAGGUGUCUUCUGUCGUUAUAGUCAGCAUUCAUCAAACCAUCUUGUAUUAUAUUUUCAUAUUUUUACAACUUUUAAUAUUUAAUAUUAUUUAGCAAACAGUUUCAAAUAAAAUUAUUCCUGUAAUUCUCUCAGUUGUUUUUACAGCUUCGUGAUUAAGACAUUUGAGGCCUCAUCAGCACUACUAAGUUAAUUUUUAGUAAUAAUAAUAAUAAAAGCAUAAAUAAA